AUGGCGCUUGAUCAGCAGCGCAAUUGGACCAUCUCCAUGGCCGAGAGCCUGCAGGCCGUCAAGGACAAGUCGGCCGCCGCCAACCCGCAACCAUCCAAUCCAUCAUCAGAGUUUCCUGUCCGCGACGAUGAUCCCAAGUCACACAACUAUCAUGCGACUGAACCGGCAUACCUUCCCGACGAGCUUGUACUCGAAAUCCUCGAAUAUGUCGCCAUAGCGCCCGAAGCGCAGAAGUCUCUGUACACAUGUUGUCUCUUGUCGCGACAAUGGCACCGCGCCGCCAUCCCGUACCUCUACGCAUACCCUAAGAUCUACGGCAAGAACUACGAUCCUUUUAUCNGCACCAUGUGCCCCUCGAUCAACCUUCGCAUUAAAGAGAGUCCCCUGGCCAGCCUUGUCAAAGUUCUGAACCUGGGCAUGCUCGUCCACCAUAGCAGCAGGAGUGUCACUGCGAGAGUGUUGCGAAGGACAGAGGGCAGCUUGGAAGAGUUCGUUGCACCCCAGGCCUCAUUCGCUAUCAACAGCUACGCAGCCCUGUCAAAGUCGCACAACCUGCGCAGUCUCGACUUAUCUCUUGUGUCCGAAGCUCAACCUUUGGACAUGCUCUUCAAGUCGCUCAGAUCACUGCAUCACCUCGAACGUCUGCGCUUCCCACGCUCUUCUGGCUUUGGCGCGAACACUGUCGAUCCUGAUUCGAUCAUCUGGCCUCAGACUCUGAAAGAUCUACACAUCAGUGGUGGUAUCGAUGCGAAUUUCCUCUACGGCAUUGUCCACUUCCCUCCUGCCCUCGAACGCUUGACCAUCGAACACUGCCCACAAGCAAAGUCUCACGCUAUUCGCCAACUCCUCUCUACUCUUUCUCGUGCACAUCUGCCUCUCAAGGCACUAUCGCUGUCACACCUGCCACGACUGGGCAUAAGCUCUCUAGACCCGGUGCUUGGCUUAUUCACAGACCUUGAAGAGCUCAGUGUCAGUGUCGACUACAUCACCCCGGCAAUAUUCAACCCCGAUUUCCAAGAGUGGCAUUCCCACGAUACACCCAACUUCACCGACCACAAACUGCGCAUGCUCACCUUCACGAACUCGGGCAACCCUGGUGUCGACGACAAAUUUUCGCCCAUUGAUGUCCUUCUGACAAUAGAUGAGGGUUCAUUCCCCAACCUGCGCCAGGUCAAAAUUGCAAAGAGCCUGGGAUGGGAUCGUGGCGAGACUCGGGAUGAGACCGAAGCCUUGAUUGACAGACUCGUAGAGCUUGGAACAAGAGACUACGAGCACAAGACAGGCGUGUACGCAAGCAUGUCAACACAUCAAUGGAAGACUGCCAAUUGGAAAGACUGGGCGGGUGUUUGGAUCAUUGAUUAG